AUGAGAAAUAUAGAUAGACUUUUGGAUAACACAUAUUCCUCUGUACUCCUGCUUGUGGCCCUUAUUUUAUCUUAUGUCUGUACAUUUUUGUUUAAUGGAAAACCCGUGCAGCUAUUGUGUCGUCUGAGACAACCGACCUUUGGAUUUGUUUCCACUGUUGCAAUUUCUGCUAUUCUUGGGAAAACAAUGACAGUUGUAAUUGCCUUUAAUGCCACAAAGCCUGGAAGUAAAUUAAAGAAACUGAUGGGAUCUAAGAUGUCAACUGCACUGGUUUUUGUCUGCACCUUGGGGGAACUUGUGAUAUGUUUUACUUGGUUAUCAUGUUACCCACCAUUUGUGGAUAUUGAUAUAAAGACUUCACCUGGGUCAAUAAUCCUGCUGUGUAAUGAAGGUCACAUCAUUGCAUUCUUUCUGGUGGUUUCAUACAUUGGAAUAUUAGCGUUAUUUUGCUUCAUUAUUGCCUUUUUAGCACGAAAAUUGCCGGACAGCUUCAAUGAGUCGAAAUACAUUACCUUUAGCAUGUUAGUGUUCUGCAGUGUCUGGGUCUCCUUUAUCCCAUCAUACCUUAGUACUAAAGGCAAAUAUGUUAUAGCUGUAGAAAUAUUUAGCAUUCUAGCCUCCACUUCUGGUGUUUUGUUAUGUAUAUUUGCACCUAAAUGUUAUAUAAUAAAACUGAAGCCUCAGCUCAAUAGCCGAGCACAAAUUAAUGUUAAGAAGCAAUCUAAGUAA